AUGGUGUUUCAGGUUGCGAUGGUUGAAUCGUUCAACAGGCAGAAGCGCAAGUACACGGUUUGGUUGACGAAAUACCACGUGGAAGCGGAACUUUACUCAAACCAUCUUCUACAGCCAGGGCACUUCUUCAAAGGACGGUUUUCGAUUGGUGGUAAACACAAGUCGAAAUGCCACGAUUACCUGCAUGAUUUGCCUAUUCCUGAAGGAGUCCGUGGUUAUUAUGAUACUGAAGCAGACAAACUAGAGAUCGAAAGCAUUAAUUUUUCAUGA